GAAUGAAAUUAGCGACAGGUAAAGUUCGCUGUUUGACCUCUCUACACAAUUUCAUGCAUAUGAUAUCGUUAUGGAUUUUGAGACAAUCAUGGAGGAUUUUGUUGGUGUAGAAGUUCGAGAUGCGAAUGGAGCUUUUUACAAGGCUGUACUUAAGAACAUCCUUGAUGAUGAGGCAAGCAUAGCAUUUGAAAACAAUUGGACAGCUGAGAGGAGAGUUCCAAUCAACGUAGUUCGUCUUCCACCUGAAGCAUCCAGAGAAGUGCUCGAACUCAAGGCUGAUGAUGAAAUUGAGGUGUAUUCAAGGUCGUUUGAAGGUGAGCCUUGUGGAUGGUGGAGAGCCAAGAUACAGAUGGUCAAAGGAGAGUUCUUUGUAAUAGAGUAUACAGGCUACGAUGCCACCUACAAUGAAAUAGUGCAAGGCGAUAGGCUGAGGCGGAUAAAUCCAAAUGGGUGUUUGAGCAAAGAUAGUAUUCACAGAGCAGUCGUCAAUGUACCGACUGAACUCAGGCAAUUUUGUAAAGAUGCAUCCAAUCAUCGGGAUUACGUGAAAGCCACCAACGCUCUUCUGGUUACGUACAGUGAGGAUGAAAAUGCAUUGGUAGUCUUUGCUACAUCAGCACAGGGUGUAAAGAAAGCACAGAUGCUGAGUGAUAUGCACAUACGCAACCUCAAAGAGAAGAUUCUCAUGCUAUCGAGGGCAGAAGUAGCAGCACAGCAACUAGAGGUGACCAAGCAUCAGACGGAUUCGUGCAUGGAAGAGUUUGAGGUGAAGGAAGAGCUGAUGGGACUGGCUAUCGGUAGCCAUGGUGCUAACAUCAUGAAUGCCAGGAAGGUGGAAGGCGUCAAGAGAGUGGACCUGGAAGAAAACACAUGCACAUUCAGAGUGUAUGGAGAUACCCCAGAAGCUGUGAAGAAAGCCAGAAGUAUGCUGGAAUUCUCUGAUGAUUAUAUCACAGUACCAAGGCAUUUAAUAGGCAAAGUAAUAGGCAAGAAUGGGCGUGUCAUCCAAGAGAUUGUAGACAAGUCAGGGGUUGUGAGGGUAAAGGUCAAAGGUGACAACGAGAGAGGUCAGAUGGAGGAUGAUGGGGUGGUUCCGUUUGUCUUCGUUGGGACCAAAGAUGCAAUUGAAAAUGCAAAGAUUCUCUUGGAGUACCAUCUAGCACAUCUCAAGGACAUGGAGGACCUACGUAUCCAGAGACUGCACAUCGAUGAGCAGCUGCGUUCAAUGGGUCACUCUGCCGGUACCUACCCAUCCAUGGGCAGAGAGAGGAGAGGAGACAGGGGUUAUGGGUCAGACCAGUCUUUGGAUGACCAUGGGGGUUACAGAGGCAGAGGAAGGGGCAUGUCCGGCGGGAGAGGGAUACCAGGGAGGGGGCGCGGCCAACGGGGGAGAUCGUUUACAGAUACAAGUCGGAGUGGAUCAGAGAGGGAGGAGCCUAGAUCAAGUUCUUGGGCGGAUAGAGCUGCAGUCUCAGAUGACCAGGGUUACAGGCGUAAUGAUGAUGGACCUCGCUACAGGAGAGGUGGCGGUGGUAGAGGGUCAUUCAGGGGGCGAGGCAGAGCACCCUAUCGUGGUGGUGGUGGCGGCGGAAGACCACCAGUCAUGAGAGAUUCCCAAAGACCAUCAUCACCCCUUUCUGGGACGGAUGAUGACAUCAGACAUGAUCAUAGGAGGCGACAAGAUGACGAGGACGAUACCGUGCUGGAAGACACGACCACUGUGGAUGAAGAUGUCACUAAUAACAAUGGAGCUGAUGACCAGCAGAACAGGAGGAGGCCUACUAAGAAGCCUAAGAAGAGGAGACCAAAGGGUGUCAAACCAGGCGGUGAUAAAGAGGAAGAUACAGAUACGAGCAAGACGGGAUCACCUCAGUUCAACAGACGACCAUCAGGUCCUAGAAAUCGAUCCAAUGGACAUCCCGGUAACAGCGGACGGGACGACAACUCUGCCGGGGAACAGCGAACAUCCGGACCCCCGCGGCCCAACGCUGACAUGCCCAACGGCCGUGCAUCGGCAAACAGCAAACCACCCCCACAAGAGCAGCGAGAGCAACGAGAGCAGCGAGGAGGAGGAGGAGGAGGAGGCAGAGGGCGGUAUAGUCGACCGAGACCACGGGGCGGGCCCACCACGAACGGCAACAUGACGGGCAGCGACACGGAGCGGCUUCCUGCUAAGGGCAAGCAGGGGAACGACGCACCCGUCUCCUCGGCUGAAAAGGAACCCAAAGAGGGCCUGACAAACGGCACUGUUUGAAGUUUUAUAUUAAAGGAAGUGCGUCUUUGGUUAAGAAACGCGCGUUCUGGUAUAAAUCGCCUGUUUCAAAAUUAUGCAAAUUUGUGAGGAUUAUGAGAAUCUGUUUCUACUGAAUUUUACUACUUACAGUGACUAUGAUGAAGAUUUGACUGAUGUUUUUUUUUUUUUCUCUGCUUUGACUUGAUCUGAAGAAUGACCUUGUUUAAAUGUGAUUGUGUUGUAUUCAUAAUAGAUAUGCUUUCGUGUAGUCCCAAAGGUACGAUUCUGUGCUGCCUCUGUCGUUCUAGUCACAUAGCACUGCUGAAAGGGGUAUGGAGAAUGUGUAGAAUGCUGACUGUAAGUUAGGCCUGGAAUUCUGAUAUCCAUCGAUCGGGGUAGCAGGCAGUGGAAGACUACAAUAAACUCAUGCUAGAUGCCACUGAGCUGCUAACACGUUGAUAAAUAGACUAGGAUGAAGCAAGACAUCAAACUAUAGACUCACUUAAGCUUGAAAGAAACUCUAGAUAUAGCUUGUUUCAAAGCAUGUGUUUCUGAGGACAGUUGGAACUGUAGCUAGCCCUGUGGUGAGACCACAUGAUUGCUGUUAAACGGCUUGAAAGCACAUUGGUGAAAGGACAUGUACGUGUGUGUGUGUGUAUGUGGUACUCUGUGUCGACAUUUGAAAAUAAACUAUUGGUGUCUCUUGCUGAAACAUACCGAAGAAAUGCUGAAGAAUCUCCUAUCUGAUGAUAGAGACCCAUUAAUGGGUUUGAUAGACAUGCAAAAUAGACAAUGGCGAAAACCGAAUAGAAACAGAAAAAUACUUGCAAGUAUACUCAGAAGUUAUACAUCGUAGAAAGAUCACUGUAUCACAAAAACAACUUUGUGUAUGCUUCAAUAAUUAAUCCUACUCUUAUUCAAAAUUUGGGGAUAUAUUAUCAACAUCAUUCAAGCCAUGUGACUUGGUAAACACUACUCAGCAUUUGCCGGGGCAUGAAAUACUGGUUUGGAAAUAUAUCUGUACAUUUAUUCUCAAGGUAAAUGGGACAAUACGGAUGCAAUGACUAUCUUCCAUAACUUGAAUGGUUUUAGAAGUGGACAAAAUGAGACAGAGGGAACAGCUGGAUUAGACUUUGACAAUACUUGAUACAACACAACAUAACACAACACACACGUCUUGGUAAUAUUGAGUCGACUAUCUGUAAGGAAGUCUGGCUUGCAUAUCAUAGGCGUAGGUAGUCUUCCCCUACUUCGACUUGAACUUACGUACCAGAACUCAUGAAUAAUGCUGAUGAUAUUUAUAAUCUGGAUUUAUGCAGCGCUUAAUACAAAAUGCCAUCUCUAAGCGCUUACAGAUAUUUUUACCCGAGUCAUCGGUUUCAUUCACGCACAAUGUGCACCAUCUCCUUUCCCUGGGGAGUAGUCCAACCAUAUGGUCGCGUGAUGGCAGAUGAUGAUUACUAACACAUAGGCUUUCGUCAUCCUACCAGGUCCUCAUUUCUCUCCUGGGUAUGGAGUGGCAAAUGUAGAUUAAUGCCUUGCCAAAGGACAUUGGUGCCGUGUCGGGGAUCGAACCCACGACCACGACCACACCUCUACAUGUGAUGGCUAUGCAGCUUUUCAACCUGAGGUGUUGUCUAGUGGCAUGUGGUCCUAGAGGCAGGAAUGUUGUAUGUGAAGACUUACAUAAGAGAUUGAUAGUGUUAUAUAUCCAGAGUAGAACACACGCCGGAGCCUGAAGUCUCUUUCUGUUUAACCUGAAAAUCAAGGGCAUGAGAGACUGAUUUGGGUUUUAGAAUAAUCGGAUUGCAGAGAGAGAGAGAGAGAGAGAGAGAAAGAGAUCCCCAAAGUCUCGGACUCGAAGAUCAAGAGUAGAUGAUGAACACCUUUACUACUGUCUUGUAUUUACAAGGAAGCCAUUUAAUUUCCCCCAUCUACUUGCUCCGCCCCAGAAUGUACAGUUUGGAGGACAGAAACUAGACUGACUUUAAUACAGCUCAUAAAGCCACCUUGCAAAUAAGUUGUAUGAUAUAAAUAACAGUCCAAUUUGACCUUGAUCAAGUGUUCCAACCUUCUGCUAGCUCUGAAGGAACACUAUCAAUAAAAUUCAUUUUUGCGUGAACAGAAAUAUGUAGAGUGCAAUUCAGCAAAUUGUAUGUCACCACUUGUUUAAAAGGUGCUCCUCUUCUUUGAAACAUGCGGUGGAUAAAGUUGAGAGUACCUAAUACAUGUUUAUUUUUUAUAAAGUUAAUGCAGUUCAUUAUCUCCAAGAAGCACUUUUGUACGCAUUCACACCAAAGCACCAUGCAGUGAAUAUUUUUGUUAUUGUCAGUUUUGUUUUUGUAUGAUAUGAGAAUUGAAUAGGAUUAUGAUUGUGUUCUCUAUUGCCUUCAAGGUGAUAAUUGUUUGAAACUCUUUGCGGUUCUGAGAGAAUUAGUAAGAUGUUAUACAGCUUAUCGGUGAUAUUUCUUGCUUUUGUGUCCAUGUUGCAUUCUUACUGAUUAAACGCUUAGAGCCUGCAGGAAUUCUCUUUCGUACGAGUUCAUGAGAAGUAGUCUUUCAUUUGUUACUAGUCUUCGUAGUAUCUACGUGAUUUUGUUUCAUCACCAAUAGAGGGAUAAGUAAGGAAAUGCUUGGAGCCAGGAUGACGUUAACUCGGAAUAAAAUGGGAGUUCAACGCCCUUCUGGCUCCUAACAGAGGAAAUGUCAGUUCAAUGAGUUUUGUUUCUUGUUUAGAUGUUGAACGUUGGAUGAAUAAUUUCUAUUAGUUUUGCAUGCAGUCUUCCUUAUAGUAUAGAAAUUUUUACUGGUACACUUAUUGCAUGUAUUCAGUCUUAUUCAUCUUAUUUGAUUAAUGGUGAUAUUCUUUAAUUGUAUUACGAUAAACUGUUUAAUUUAAUGAUAAUGCUGUGCAUUUGGGCGUAUGAUAGGCAUUUAGCUUUCUCUAUGUGUUACUCACUUUAUACACAAAGAUACGACAGAAAAUGCAUUGCAAGCUGGAAAAUUUGUGUUGUUGUAAAGUUCAAAAGUUGUCACAAAGUACAAAAUUUGUCACCAGUGUCUUUACUUUGGAAUGGAGAUUGGUCGGUAGAGUGUGGUAUUCAACAUGUGAAGUUCACUUUCCAAUGUGUUAUAUUCACAGUGCAAGACAUAGUCUGUAACUCAGAGGUUUCUGUGUAGAUUGUACAUUGUUUCUCAACUGUACAGUACAAUAUAACGUGGUUGCACUUCAAGUAACUUCAUUUUUGCACGACAGUUAUCUUUAGUGCAUGAUUUUAUCUCUAAGUUAGGACGAGUAACCUUCCCAAUUGUCUAUAAAUCAUGUACAGUAUUUUCAACAACUACUCCAUGUGAAAACGUGAAAGUAUCUGGCUACUAUUUUGUGCAUGACAUAACUUUAAACAACUUGCUAUUUCUACAGGUACAUCUCUGAUUAUUGAAGUUUUGCUUAAAGAAAGAGUCUGAUACUUGGAUGGAUAAAGAGUGAAGUUAAGAGUUACACUUCAUACAAUAUCGGCUUGCUUGAAUAUUAACCGGAGGUUUCUAAUAAACAUUGACAUCACAUCUGCUGAAAUUGACAAGAAGAAUUUGAGAAACGAAGUGAGUUAUGAAAACGAUGCCUGCUAUUACAAAUCUACCAAUGAGCUUGCACUGCAUGUGUCGUGAUAACAUUAAUAUGUGAAUACAUAAACCCCAAGACUUGGCUGCAAAUGUGAUGGAAUAUCCAUGCUGUAUGAUAAUGUGUAUGAUAUAAUGAUAAAAUCUUGGAUUGUUCUUUUCUAUAAAAAACUUAGACAUUUAUUUGUUCAUGUUCACGUUUUUUCACAGUGCCUAUUACGAUAACGAUAAAAGCUGUGUAGCAUUUAAGGACGUUUUUGGUAUUAUUUAUUUCUCGGAGUGCGAGAUUGACGCUGAGCCGAGAAUAGACUUGUACAUUAUUGCCAAAUACUUUCUUAGUCGAGCACAGAGACCGAUUUAAAUGUAGAAAUGUCGUUGGAUUGAUUACCUAUAAAAAUGUACAGCAUUAUGUUAAACAAUGUAAACCAAGACUUUGUGGAGUUCAUGUAGAAUCGAGUACUAAAACUGUUGUGUAAAGUACGUUUUCACCUCGCAAUUGUAUUUAAGAUAAAAUCUUGACAAAAAAAGUGCUAAAAAGACAAAAAAAUGAGGAAAGAUGAGUGAGUGAGAAUAAAAUAAAGAUGACAUGAGCAAGUAUUACAUUGUAUAAAUACAGGUUUACGCUGUACGCGUGUUCAAGAGUAUGUAUUGCUUGUUUCUCUUUCGUUUCCUGUGCAAGAGACGCAAAUUCGUAUUUGGACAAAAUAAAAGAAAAGGAAUAAAAACAACC